GAGCGGGGCGCGGCGGAGGAGCCCCUGAGAGCUGGAAGCCUCGGGGCGGUUGUUGUAGGGGCAGCGCUCCGGGGGGUGUCGGGGGCCAGAGAUGCAGCCCGGCCUCGGGACCUGCAAACUGCGGGCCCCUCUGAAGCGGAGCCGGAUCCUGCACAUGGCGCUCAUGGGGACAGCUGACCCCUCCCGAGAGGCCAGCGAGGCGGCGACGCCCUUUGUGCUGCGGGCCCUGCAGAUCGCGCAGGUGGUCUGCCUCUACUGGGUCACCUCCAUCUCCAUGGUGUUCCUGAACAAGUACCUGCUGGACAGCCCCUCCCUGCAGCUGGACACCCCCAUCUUUGUCACCUUCUACCAGUGCCUGGUGACCGCCCUCCUCUGCAAGGGUCUCAGCACCCUGGCCACCUGCUGCCCGGGCGCCGUGGAGUUCCCCACCUUGCACCUGGACCUCCACGUGGCCCGCAGCGUGCUGCCCCUGUCGGUGGUCUUCAUCGGCAUGAUCACCUUCAAUAACCUCUGCCUCAAGUACGUGGGCGUGGCCUUCUACAACGUGGGCCGCUCGCUCACCACCGUCUUCAACGUGCUGCUCUCCUACCUGCUGCUCCGCCAGACCACUUCGUUCUACGCCCUGCUCAGCUGCGGAGUCAUCAUCGGGGGCUUCUGGCUGGGAGUGGACCAAGAGGGAGCAGAGGGCACCCUGUCUUGGGUGGGCACCCUCUUCGGCGUGCUGGCCAGCCUCUGCGUCUCGCUCAACGCCAUCUACACCAAGAAGGUGCUCCCGGCGGUGGACGGCAGCAUCUGGCGCCUCACCUUCUACAACAACGUCAACGCCUGCGUCCUCUUCCUGCCGCUGCUCCUGCUCCUGGGCGAGCUGCAGGCGCUGAGCCGCUUCCCGCUGCUGGCCAGCGCCCACUUCUGGGCCAUGAUGACCCUGGGCGGCCUGUUCGGCUUCGCCAUCGGCUACGUGACGGGGCUGCAGAUCAAGUUCACCAGCCCCUUGACACACAAUGUGUCGGGCACAGCCAAGGCAUGUGCCCAGACGGUCCUGGCCGUGCUCCAGUUCGAGGAGACCAAGAGCUUCCUGUGGUGGGGCAGCAACUUGCUGGUGCUGGGCGGCUCCUUCGCCUACACCUGGAUCCGAGGCUGGGAGAUGAAGCGGACCCAGGAGGAGCCCGGCCCCAAGGAGGAGAAGAGCAGCCUGGGGGUCUGAGUUCACCCUGAGGACCCUGCCCUGCCGGGCACGUGACCCGAGGGGGCCUCCCUGGACUGGACUGAGAGGGCGGGCCCCCAGCCCGCCCUAGGGGGUGACCGGGGGCCUGGUUUACAGAGCUCUUGAUCAGAAUCUGGCCGCUGAAAUGCCUGUCUUGACCCCUUUGUUCCAGGAUUUAUUUUUGUCCUCCCACCCUGCCCCCAAGGGUGGCGGGACCCCCGCGGGAAGAGCCAGUUAGGUUCUCCAGAAGAGCUUCAGCUCUUAGGGUGGAGGAUGGGGGGCAGCACCCCCUGGACACCCCCGUGCCUCGGCCUUCUACCUCCAUGUGUCCUUCAGGGUUGGGGUCCAUACUGGUGAAGUCGCUGGUCUGCACUUACUCUCAGGGCAGCUGGGGGCACCCCAUCACAGGCCACCCCAGGGCAUCCAGGGCGGGUGGGCAGCAUCACCUGGGCCCUCAGAGCAGCCCCCCUUGGCACAGAAUCACAGGCUGGGCCCCGGGAGGAGCCGCACACACAUGCCUCUCUCCCAUGUGGACCGGCAGGCCCUGUGGAAAGGGGUGAAGGGUCUGGUGUCCCCCUGCUAGCUCUGGUGCCUCCGGGCCCUGCUGGGCAGGAGCCAGGGAGUGGGGUCCACCACGAGCAGGUGCCCUUUUUCCCCAUCAUCGGCACAUAGGAACCACACAUGUGCUAUGGUUCUGGCUAAGCAAGGGCAUGAACCAUGCCCCACCCCUCCAGGCACCCCCCACCCCCGGCACUGGUUUUCCUGCCCCCAAGGUGUCAGGGCCCCUCUGCCAUCCCUGGCCCCUGCCCAGGACCUGGCUCAGGUGACCGCCUCCUGGAGGUGAAGGUCCAGGAGCUGCUCUGCCUUCUCCCCUCUCCAAAUGCUUUAGCCCCCGACAGGGCCGAGGGACCCCGGCCCCCAUCCCUGGGGCGGGGGGGCAGGUUCUACAACAGAACCGAACCAGAGCCUUCUCUUCGGAGGUGAGGAUGCUUGUUCCCCACCUAACCACGGGCAUCUCUCACCAACCUGUCCCUUCUGGGGGCACUAUUCUACCCCUCUUGUGAGGGAUAACUCCUCAUGUUUCAAGCCAAGGCUGGGGAGGAGGGUGGGUUUUCUAC